AUGGACGGGUUUGAUGAAGCGAAAAUGAAACAGCUGCAGCUGUUGAAGGAAAAAAUGAAAAUCGCCAAGGCACAGAAAGUGGAAGAAGUAAAAAAAAACGAAGACGUCUUCUCCCUCUCGCAUGAUGUGAAAAAUGUAAGAUCGUUCGAGACGCAAGAUGUCAGAUUUAACAAAAUAGGAAAAAAAAUAUUCGAUGCGUUUACGCCCAGUAAGAAGGUAACACACAUUAAGGGGACGAGUAGUAGGUACCCUUUUCAGCAGGCCAAAAGUGGAAAUGCUAACUUCCCCUUUAAGGCAAAGAAUGGCCUGAUCAAAUUGGCAAACGAGUCGAACGCGUUUGAUACGCCGCUAACAUUUGAGGAAGUGAUGCGAAGAAAAAAUGAAAAGAAAAAAAAAGAACUGGAGAGAAGCGGGCAGAAUGGCAUGGUGGAGGACAUGCUCAAUAGUGUAAGGCAGUUUAAUUUGAGCGACGACCGGGAGGACAAAAAUGAGGAGGAGCAGCCCGGCCAGGCUAACCACGCCAACCAGGCAAACCAGGCAAACCAGGACAGCCGCUCAACCAGCGCCGAUGUGUACCACCACACCUACAGUGGCAGCCCCCCGAGGCCACUGCACGAAAAGGCUACAAACGAGCAGGCCAUUAGCGGAUACGCAGCGGACAACAAUCAACCAAUCAACGGAAGCAUCUCCAAUAACAGCAGCUCCUUUGGCGUGGACGUAGUGAGGAACAACCAGCCUCUUUCACAUGGUAUAAAUUCCUUCAGUAAUUAUUUCUCACCCCAGGUGGGUAAAGGUCAGGACGCUGCCCAAAAGGGUGCGGAUCUAAACAGGACCGCCCCUCACGGUGCAGAUUUGAACAGGACGGCCCCUCCUCAGGGUGCUAACCAUGGGGGAGGUCCUCUCAGCGAGAGCUUCCCAGGUACCUUCGAUGGAAGUGGAGCGACCAGUUUGUUUGGCAGUCGUGGAGACCUAAGCAGUCGAAGCGGUAGUAACAUUUUUGGGGGCAGCCUAGCCAAGCUAAAUCAGCCUAGCUUUAACCAAACGGUUAACAUUCCCAGUUCAGGCCAAGGCCCAAGUAUCAGUCAGCACAAGGGGAACCAUAGCAGUAUGAUGAUGGCUCCCUCUGCUAGCAAUGGCGGCAAGGGGGAGGUCCGGGGGGAGAGCGCCCACAGCCUGUUUCAGAGCAGUAGAAAUAGCACUCUCGGAGCGAGUAACAUUUUCGGCAUGCAUAACGCGCCUAUUGGGGGUAAGCACCAACCUGGGGGGAAUAACGCUCUUGUACCCCCCUCUCCAAACCAAAGCAUCGAAGCGAGUUCCCUGUUCGCUCGCAACGAUGGAAACAGUAAUGGAAGCAACACGGGCAGUCUUUUUAACAAUUCCUUUAGCGGCCACAAUUUGAACAGCACGCGGAACGCGCCAGAUUCAGCAGGCAAAAGUGGCCUCUUCAACAACACCAGUGAUGGUAGCGGGGGCAACCUUUUUGGGAAAGCGAGAAGCAACGCGCAGCUGUUUAGUGGCAGUGGGGGGAUCUUCGGGAAGGCCAGCAGCGGCACCACGAACUUGUUUGGAAUUGCCCCUAAUGAGAGGACCCCCUUUGGGAGCGCCGCUAAUGAGAUGACCCCGUUUGGGGGCGCUACUAACGAGAAGAACCCAUUUGGAAGCGCCGCUAACGAGAAGAACCCAUUUGGGAAUGCCGCUAAUGAGAACCCACCCGAAAAGGCCAACAGCGGAAAAGGCAUUUUCGGGAACGCCCCAGGGAGCAGCAAACCCUUUGGAAACGCGGCGGGCAGCGGCAACCCCUUCGGAGCCCCCCCCAGCGGAAGUAACAUUUUUGGAACCCCCGCGAAUGCCAGUAGUAGCCUUUUUGGGAAGUCGUCCGGAGGAACCAACCUCUUUAACAAAAGCGGAGGUGCCAGCAGCACGAGUCAGUUCGGCAGCGCGAAUGCCAGUAGUAGCCUUUUUGGGAAGCCCCCCGUGGGCAGCAACAUUUUCGGCGGCAGCAGCAGUUUGGUGAGCAACGUGAGUAGUGCCUUGAAUGGCGACGGGGCGGUGUUGGCCGACGCGCAGAGCACCCCCGCCAGCAGGUGCGGCGCCCCUGGGGAGGGCCCCCUGAAUACCAGCAGCAAGUUAUUAAGUGACGGUCCCACGGGUAGCGGCGGUGUGGGCCUUCCAAUCAGUAGCGGCGUCGUGGGCCUUCCAAGCAUCAGCGGCAACCGCUUUGGCCUCCCCAGCAGCGGCAAUGUUGGUUUUCUAAGCAGCGGCGGAAGCGUCCUCACGAAAGGAAUGCCAAACAGCAGUGAGGUCAACGCAAGGGUUAUGAAGUUUAAGAAUACCCUAUCGAACAUUAAGAACAAAAGAUCUGGAGGUCCGAACGAACCGAUGGCAGGUAGUAGCGGGGAGAGUGAAGCUCAAGUGGAUCCAACGCAGGUGGGAGGUUUCCCCAAUAUGAGUGAACAACAACCCCCUGGAGAGGGUCCACUUGGGGGGGAAAAAAAUGGCGCAAACGAACAAUCAGAACCACUGCAAUUCCAAAAUGUGGAGCAAACAGGAGACUGCAAUAAUGACGUGGCUGCUCAACCAACAAACGAUAGCCACGUGGGAGAAGCAGCCAAAGGAAAUCUCGACAGUGAAAAGGAAGAGGGCACGACCAUUCGAAGGACCUUCUCAAGUUAUUUUAACACUUUCAUUCCGUCGAUAUUUUCGAGCCCUAGUAAGCCAGCCGCAAAGGAGGAGUGCCCCAAAGGGGACGCCUCCGCUGUGGAGAAGACAAACCAUGAGGAGGUAAAAACAGACCAUUUGGAGGCGAAGACAAACAAUGAGGGGGCAAAGACAGACCACGUGGAGCUGAACAGAAGUGCCCACGCUAGUCCGCUUCCUAAUGAUGCGUCGGAGGGGGAGAAGCCGGACGCAAAUCCCCUCUGCAGUGACAAGGAGGGAGAGGCGAAGACAUUCUUUAGGGCCACCCCGUUGAGGGACCCCCCGAAUGGAACUCUCUCCUCUCAACCCGAUGGUGGCAACACGCUGAUGAGCAGUCGCAACAAUGCUUUAUUAAAUGGUGAAAAAACAAAUGAACCGCUACAGUUCAAUCCGUUUGUUGAUUCUGACCACCCGAACAGUAGCAACCACGAGGCGCCGUCGUUUAGGAGCCAAAACGGGACAGGCAGUCACGCCGUAGGAGAGCCUCAGCAGAUGCAGAUGCACAGCAAGGAGGCAGCCAAAGUGUUAAAUCUCCCGUUGGACGUUAAUCAAAACUGUGCUGCGAACCCCCUCAGUGGUGAGGAUAACAAAACGGGGAGUUUAUUCAGUCACGCUGCUGGUGGUUCAGUUAAUGCCCCAAUUAUGGGGUCCCACCCAGGGGUGGAAGGCAGUAGACACCCCACGGUGGGGAUUCCCUUUUCCAACGCAAAUGUUGGACGUGGUGCAGAUAAGGUUGGGACAUUACCCCGUUCGGCAGCCCCCGCUUUGAACUCGACUUCUACUAGGAGCUUCCUCAUGAGUAGUGCCUCCGAAAACGUUCUAAGCGAACGCAACAACAGUAGUGCCGCGUUCAACGGGAGCAGUAGGGUCGACGAACCCAGGGGCAUCUUCCAGAAGGACCCAAGUCACAACCACCUGAUUGAAGUGGCCAAUGGAGACAGCUUGGAAAAUAAGGAGCAGCUCGAAAAAAUGAACCAAAUAUAUAAAAACAUGAGUUGCAUAAAAAAAAAUAUAAGCUAUAUUAAUAAGUACGUCCCGUCGACCAUUGAAGGUGUGGGCAACUAUCUGCAUGAGAGCAUCAACUCGGUGCAAAACUACGACGCUUUGUCUAGUGCCAACCGAACGUGUUUAGAAAAAAUGAACGCACCGAGUAGUUCCGCACAGUCAAAUAAGGAGCUAAAAAAUAUGAUAAACGAUUUGAAUAAGCAAAUGGGGAGAGGUGGUGGACCUUCUGGGGGGGAAGACGACAGGGGGGGAGUCCCACUCGGCAAGGUGAAGGGAUCACCCUUUUGUAGCCCCUUUAACAGAGCAAACCAGGGGGAGAUGACACAUAACGCGAAAGCAGGAGUGAUUGGUUGCGCUCCAGAUGGAGGAGGCCCUUCCAAAGGCUACCCCAUUUUUAACGCCACGGGGAAACACACCCCUGGGGGCAAUUUUGUAAACACGAAUUUGCUAACCCCCAGAGAAAAAUUAAAAUUAAUAAAUGAGACUUCCAAAGAAAUUGCAACGAAUGAAGAAUCCGAUAUGGACGAGAAAAUACCUGAACAUGUUCAGAAAAUUAUGGAAAGGAGAGAAUAUUUUAAAACAAAAAAUAAGUUAACAAAUAGUGACUCAAAGAAAAGCAUCGGAGUGAAAAAAAUUAAACCAUUUGUCCCAUCAGAGUGUAGCGAAUCUUUUAGGAACACCUUCUACACAAAUGAUAAUAGCAAAAAUAAGAAUAAUGUUUUCUCCCUACAGAAUUUAAGUAGUAUGCAUAUUUUGAGUCCCAACCAGAGGAGUAGUAGCGGUGCGGCGAGUGGCAACAUUAUGGGCAUCGUGCAGAGGGGACUGAAUAACAGUGCGCUUGCCCCCCUUGGGGGAGAGGCUCCGCAUAUGAUGAACAGUGCCGAUCAUUUUAGGAUGGAGAGCAGCUCAAACAACGGUGCUGCCGCUAUACGCGCUUAUCCCACGGUGGAUGACCGCAGCGCCAUUUUUAAGGACUCCCCAGAGGAGAAGCAAAACAGAAGCGACACACAUAGUAGCAGCAGUGCGAAUUUUUUUAUAUAUAAAAAUAUGCCCCCUUCGUCGAGUAACACCAUGAUGGGUGGCGCCUUUGCGAGUGAAAAUGCACAGGAUGGCUAUAACCCCUUGGCGCCAACCAACAAUUUUAACAGUGCAUCUAAUUCAGGCGAGUUAACCAACAGGGUGAAUGUCGGUGGGCGAGGAGGUGAAACCAAACCGUCGGGAGAAUCCCUCAUCAAGAUGGAAGAAGAGCUAAACAGACAAACCGAUUUUAUUUCGAACAUUUACUCAAGUUUAGGGAAAAAUAAUUUUAUUUACGACAACCGCGGGGGGAUGGACUCCACAGAUGAUAAGCAGAGAGGUGAUCAUGGGGACGAUGGAGUGGACCCCGCGGCCACCAACACGGAUGAUGCCCCAUUGAGGAAGAGAAGCCUUGACAGCAUCAGUCGCGCCCACCACGAGAAUGAUGACGCACGUGACGAUGAGUCAAACCCUCUCGAUAACGUCGAAAAUGGAGAUGACGACGAUCCCACGGGCGCUCAGAAGAAAAAAAGGAAAUUCGGUCCCAAUGGAAUCAACGAGGAACUGCUCCCAAAGGAAAACAGAUGCAUUGACAUAUCCAACUGUGUUAAAGAGAUUAGGGACUCCAGGACGCUGGCGGACAUUUCGGCCAACUUGAGCAAGUACACCGUGGAAAGCGAGCGAAUUCUGUGCGACAUAAUUAACGACACGUUUAAGAUGUCGCUGAAGAUUUCCUCGCUGAGCGAUUUGCCCUUUCUCUUCGAGGACUUCCCGUGA